CGCGCUUUUACUUCCCGAACGCCAUCGGGUUUGUGUGUUGAACAAAACAAAAAUAGCAAUUUAGAUUGUAAACACGACCAAGUAUGACUUUUCGUCGACAGUGGAAUUAGAUAUAGGGAGGAAGACUCUUUACGGUCGUUUUGGGCGUCUUUUUUUCCACCUUUUUCUUGACGGGAUCCUGCGACUCCUUCGGACGCUAAUGUGAAGGAGACGACAUUAAAUAUGGACUUUUCAUCCAAAUGGAUCUUGGAUAUUCGUGACGAGGACUCGAUAUAAACGUUUGGGGACUUUGUUUCUGUUUGUAGAUGGUAUUUAGCCACUACUUGGCCGCUAAUAUGAAGGAGAUGAUCGGAGGUUGCUGUGUUUGCUCUGAUGAGAGAGGCUGGGCCGAAAACCCGCUGGUUUACUGCGACGGUCACGGCUGUAAUGUCGCCGUGCAUCAAGCUUGUUAUGGAAUUGUCCAAGUCCCAACCGGUCCCUGGUUCUGCAGAAAAUGUGAAUCUCAGGAGCGUGCAGCACGAGUGAGAUGUGAACUCUGUCCACACAAAGACGGAGCUCUGAAAAGGACCGACAAUGGUGGCUGGGCUCAUGUGGUUUGUGCACUCUACAUCCCAGAGGUGGAAUUUGCCAACGUCUCCACCAUGGAGCCCAUUGUUUUACAGUCUGUCCCUCAUGAGCGCUACAAUAAGACGUGCUACAUUUGUGAAGAGCAAGGUCGUGAGAGUAAAGCAGCCACUGGAGCCUGCAUGGCCUGUAACAAACACGGCUGCCGCCAAGCUUUCCACGUCACAUGCGCUCAGUUCGCUGGCCUGCUGUGUGAAGAGCAAGGAUCGGAUGCCGACAACGUCAAAUACUGUGGCUACUGCAAGUACCAUUACAGCAAACUGAGAAGGAGCAAAGGCCGUGGUAGUAGGGCACAAAGCUUAAGCGAUUCUUCCUCUCACUCUUUGGAUAAACACCAUGACAAGGAAAAGAAGAAACAUAAAGAGCGAGACCGUCACAAACCCAAACACAAAAAGUCUCUGGAGCUCUCGCCUUCCCUUGUUCCAGCCUUGAUGGUUACGUCAGAGAAGAGCUACAGCAGCAGCAGUGGAGGGAGCGUCUCCUCCAUCUCCUCUUCCCAAAAGCGAAUGGAUGACGGUGGCGCACGUUUCACCAACGCCAACUUCCAGGAAGUGCCAUCUCACUCCAGUGCGAGCUCCAAAGAUGGAGGCUCUUCUGAGAGAGAAAGCAAGAGCGCUGAGGGGAAGAGCAAGAAAUCGAGCAGCCACUCGAGCUCCAGCUCCAGCUCAGGGUCACGGGGUCGCAAGUCGAACCCGAGCAAAUCGCACGGCCCUGUCGUUACCAUCGCUACAUCAUCCACCGUCCCGUCCUCGACAAGCCCCUUUCAGCAAGGUCUUAUGUUGGCCGGUGGGAGCAGUAAGACGUCCUCCAGCAGCUCGGUGGUUCAGCCCAGCUCCGACUUCAUCAGCUUCACUGAUUCGAACCUGAGAGGCGGAGACACGUACACUCAGUCCUCAUUCAGUCGCCUCGUUAAGGGCGGGGCCGAGGGUGGACCUUCUGAUGGAAUGGUGGCCCUAAACACCUUUAGCUCUCUUGUGCCCCUCCCCCAAAGCUCAGGCUCCGCCUCCAACUCCUCCAAGCAUUACGAAAACUCGCACUCUGGCGGCGGGGAGCAAUUGUCAGCUGGGUAUAAACGACCCCAGCCUUCCUCUUCAUCCUCCUCUUCCUCAGCAGCUUCGUCUUCAUCCACUGGAGAGGAAGGAGUGAAGAAGAAGAAGAGAGGGAACUGGAGGAACCGCUACGGGCCCUGCUUUACCACCACUCAGGAGAGCAAAACUCCAGAGGGAACGGAGAUUAGCGGCACAGCUUUGCCUUCUUCAUCCUCGCUAUCACCUUCCUCUUCCUCCAUUGUGGGUAGAAAUAGCGGUGUUAACAUUAGCAGCAGUAAUGUGACGGUGGGAGGAGCCGGAACGAGUAGCCUGUCCAAUCAGAAAUCUCCUUCUCUGCUCAGGAACGGGAGUUUACAGAGUCUCACCGUGAGCUCUCCACCUGCAGCGACAGUGACGUACCCCAGCAGCAGCGAUGUAGCAGGCCCUUUGCCCAGCGCCGUGCUGGGAGGUAGUCUCGCCGUCUCCAGCUCAGAGAUUCCAGGCGCUUCGAUGCCAAACCUCACGUCUCUGCCCACUCCUGCGUCCUUCACCAGCACCUCCUCCACACACCUGCAGUCAAACUCAUUACCGGGAACCUUUAACCUGGCGCCGUCCCAUAUGUUCGGCAACCGGCUAAAUCCCAACUCCGCCAUGGCCGCCCUCAUCGCCCAGUCCGAGAAUUCUCCAGCAGAUCCGGAGCUGGGGGAUGGGGUGCUCGGCUUCUCCAGGAGAGGAACCCCACCGAAGGCGAACCUUUCCCCACGCUCUCCAUUAAGCGGGCUGCAUAUACGCUAUGACCCGUCAGUGCCUGUGGUGCCAGGAUUGGGCACUGACACGCUUCCACCGGCGGCCACCAGCAUUGAACAGCUGCUGGAGAGACAGUGGAACGAAGGCCAGCAGUUUCUACUGCAGCAGGGAUCACAGGCAGAUGUGCUGGCCAUGCUGAAGUCUCUGCACCAGCUGCAGAUGGAGAAUCGGCGUCUGGAGGAGCAGAUCAGGACCCUGACCAUGAAGAAGGAGCGACUGCAGCUGCUGAGCGCGCAGCUCUCUGUGCCAUUCACACACACUAACAACACAACAAGCUCCGCCUCCUCUCCACUCUACCACAGCAACACACACACAGACAUGCUGAACAGCAAGAGCAUUCAGCUAGGCAGCAGUGUUUUAACAGACUCCUCUCAACAUUUGCCCACUCAGGAUCUCCUGAUUGGUGGCCAUAGCAGCUCUAGCAGCACCUCCUCCCUCUCCACUCCUACCUCAGUGGCCCACAGCCCCCCUCAGCAGCAGGUGAACGGCCUGAUGGGGGCGCUGCAGGGCGCCCACGGGGCCAUGAGUGGCAUCGUGGGGGCUCUGAACGGUGUGAUUCAGUCCUCCAGCCCUCUCCCUCACCCUUCGUCCAUCACCUCCACCUCCCUGCCCAUCACUAGUGCCCUCAACAACAGCAUCGUGACCACUGCGAAAACCAGUGCAGUGAAGCUCCUCACUGAGCAGCAGAGGCAAAUUCUCCUCCAUCAGCAACAGCUGCAGCAGCUCAUCAAUUCCCAGCAGCCCAUGCCGGAGCAGCAACAGGCCUUGUUCUACCAGCUAAUGCAGCAGCAACAGCAACAACAACAUGACCUGCAGCAGCUUUCCUCCACCCAGCUGCCCAUUAACAACCUGCUUCCUGCCGCUCAGGGUGCCAUCGCUGCCAACCCCUUCCUGGCUUUACACACUGACAACAGCAGUCAGAAAGCUGCGCGGCUGGGUGAGAAAACCGUGAGUGUCACAGGGCAGGAGAAAACCUGAACAGGUGGGACAGGAUUGCUGGAGGAGGAGGCCAGCCAUCUCGGGGGCCAACCAUCCCAUCAGAGCAGCUACAAACUAAUGCGCACACACACAUACACAUGACUUGGCUGAAUAUCUCAAGCUCUAACGUUGCACUGAAUUGGACUAAAUCACUUGCUGUAAAGGUUAGGGUCCUGGGGGACCACUUUUGGGGCCAAGACACACACACACACACACACACACACACUCUUCUAAGUGACGUAUUGGUGUGAAUCACUGUGGGGGGGAGGUGCUGAGUGAUCUUGGCUGGAGACUAAAUGCAUCUGCUCACCACUGUUACCUCUUUAAAAAAAAACUGGACUAGCUUAGGAUACAUUUCUUUAAAAAAAAAAAAAAAUGCUUUUUCUGUUUGUGGAAAAAAGAAAUUCAAAUCUGAAGCGUUUAAUCUACCACAAAGGCCUUUGCCUUAGAGGGCCAAACAGGGACGCACUGAUCCUGCUGAACUCCUAAACGAGCACCUACCUCUCCGAGCCAAGACUGAAAUAGUUAAAAUACCAGGACCCGUACCCAAGUGCCUGGCAUCUCCCUCCAUGCCCUCGUGCUGAGGAUACACACUGGAGACGCUGCCACUCUCGCUUCCUUUUUUGUAUUCUGCUCAGUCUGGUUUUAGGAUGAAAUAUUGAGAAUUUCAAAGUAUGGCUACCAAUCACUGUCACUCAGGCAACACCAGAUUUCUGAAAGCCUGCACGGUGACCAAGCUCAACUCUGUCGGAUUUACCUGGGCAUGUGCCGAUAUGAAACGUCUAUAUCGCGAUAAUUGCUUCAGUUUACUUUUUUGGCUUCAAUUCCUUUUUACAAUGUUAUUAUUUUAUUGUAGCAUGAUCACGCAAUGCUCCUUCAAAAUAGUCCAAAAUGAGGACCUUCAGAGACCACUGUCCUCACCAGUAAGUCAGUAUCGUGUCCCAUAUUGUUCAUGUUGAAUAUCGUGAUAUAUCUCAAACCUGAUUAUCGGCACAUGCCUGCAAUUAUAAUAUUUGUGCUGCAAUGAUAAUUUCUUAAGCCAACUUUAUAUUCCUCUCCUUUUUUUUUUUUAUUUAUUUGAGUUUGUUUUGUAAUGGGCACAAGAUAAUAUUUUAGAGCCCAGUUGUCUAAAACAUUUUUAUACUACUGUUCAAAAUUGUGUCACAAAAUUUGUCUCUCAUUUCCUUUGAAUCUUGUAAGAAUUUUUUUGAUUAAAAUGUCUUGUGUUGGAGCAGAAAACCUACUUGGAUGGCUCAUUGUGUAAAUAUGGUCUUUUCUGUCCUUUGUUUUUGUCGUAUACGAUCAGAAUAAGCUGUUAAAAAUUUAGCUCAGCGCUUUUUUUUUUUUUACCUCCUUUUCAAUGUAAAUAAGUAUUUGUGUUCAUCUGACAGUGUGAAGGAUUUAUUCCAACUCAUUUGGUGUGUUGAGAUUGAAAUAAUUAACAAACAGGAAAUAAUGAUGCAAGGUAAUUAAUUUAUUUUUGUAUGUACAGGGACUUUUUUUAAGUUUUGCAUUUCAUUGAUGUCGUUUUAUACUCCUAUACCUAUUUCCACGUUUUCAUGUGUCUGUAUAGGUAAUUAUGCAAAACUCCCUAAAGUCUGUAUUUAAGAAUACCAAACGUGAGUCCUGCUUCGUACUGAUCAUAAGAAAUACUGAACACAGAGACUGUAGCGUUAAGAUUUUUCAGUGAUUAAAAUUGUUUUACAAAGGUGA